AAUAAAAUAAAAAUUCUGAAAAUGGGAAGUUAUCGUGUGCUCACUCUGUUUGUGUUUUUUGUUGAUGGUGUGGUUGGUGACUCCUCUGGUUUGACGUUGCUAUCAGUGAUGGAGGGAAGACCAGUCACUCUAAACACUGGUGUUACCAAACAACAACGUGACAAGAUGCUGUGGUAUUUCAACGACACUCUCAUAGCUCUGAUCAACGGAGAUCCCAGUACUAGCUGUCUGUAUGAUGGAGAAGACGGGAGAUUCAGAGACAGAGUAAAGGUGGACUAUGAGACCGGAUCACUGACCAUCAGAGACAUCAGAUCUGAACACGCUGGACGUUAUGAAGCAAAUUUCAUCCAAAGCAAAAGCUCAGGAACCAGCCAAAGCUUGAACAGAAACAGCAAGUGUGACAGCACAAAAAUCACCAGAAAAAUGAGCAACAUCGGCGACACCAUAAAAACAUUCAUCGUUUCUAUCAGCCCUUCUCUGUCUGUUCCUGACAAAAUCGAUGAAGAAUUGGACGAGACUGAGAAGGAGCGGGAGUCUGACAGGAGUUCAGUUCUGAUGCCAGUUACUGUAGCAGUAAUAUGUGCUGUUGCUGUUCUGAUGUCUGUAACUGUUGGUGUGAUUUACUAUCGCCACAGGAGGUCCAUAAAUGGCAAGUACCACAUACAGACACUAUAGUAAGAGGAAAACAACAUAAUUAUUAUCCAAAAUUAGCAUUUAAUUGUGUGUGUGAUUUCUUCUUGCAGCAAAAGCGGAGAAAAACAAGCUUGAGCAUCUGUUGAAAGUCUAAGUAUGAG